AAACAUAUUAUUCCUGCUGGAAAACCAUUAGAUGUGGAGAAAUAUGCUACUGCAAAACCUGCCGUGGAAGAUGAUGAAGAUGAAAAACCAAAGAAGCACUAUUAUAGAAAACACCGUAAACACCACCACAAAUAUGUUGUAUACAAGAAAGCUCCUGCUGAUGUUGAUAAUGAUGCUGCAAAGAAAACUACUUGUACUAAGAAACAUGAGGAACUUGAGGAUGAUGAAGAUAAAAAAUAUUAUCUCCAUCAUCACAAACACCAUCCAGGUCAUGAUCACGUUCACAUUCACGUUCAUCACACCACAACCACCUCAUCCGUCUAUCGUUGCACUACUACAACUCCCCCUCCCAAAACCACCACCCAUUGCACCGCCAAACAUUAA